GCUUGUACUUAAAUUACUGUUUUACCCAUCAACAAAAUUGGCCUCUCUGUCUCUGAUCCCUCUCCCGCUCUAUUGGCCACAAAACCCUAACUUCCAUAAACUUAAACCCGGACUCCCUGUCAAAAUCAAAAGCAUUUUCUUUGAAUUGAAGAAGAAAACAAAAGCCUUUGAUACUAAAACUUAGUGUUACAAUAUGGAAUCAUCAAAAGCUCGGGUUUUUAUGAAGCUGAUAAAGAUUUUAACUUUGAAGCCCUAUAAGGCCAUCUCAAGAGCACCGCCUCCGCUUUAUCUAUUGCAAACGCGCCUUUUCAGCGAUAUAAGACGACCCUUCAGGGACAGCGAACCUAUCAGUUUUAACAGAAAAGGAGAUGGUGAUAAGGCUCCCGAGCAUAUUCCCAACAGACCCUUAAGGGGCCAGAGGCCUUUCAAUCCAUCUUUAAGAGAAACCAAAGGAGCUACCUUUAAUAGUAAUGGUUCCUCUUUUCAAUCCCCCAAUACCAAAUUUGCUUCUGAUCCUGAAAAGAACAGAGAGGAUUCUCAAUCUGAUGUAAACUUCCUGGAAAAAUUCAAGCUUGGACUUAACAACAAGAGAGAAAAACAGCCAUCAUAUUCAGAAGCAGCAGCCCAGGUACGUAAACGGCAAGAAGAAAAGCUUUCACCGCCUCAGGAUGCUAAUGAGAUUUUCAAGAAAAUGAAGGAGACGGGUCUCAUCCCCAACGCUGUAGCCAUGCUUGAUGGGCUCUGUAAAGAUGGGCUUAUCCAAGAAGCAAUGAAGCUUUUCGGAUUAAUGCGGGAGAAAGGUACAAUCCCAGAAGUUGUUAUACAUACAGCUGUUGUUGAUGGCUUCUGCAAAGCCCAUAAGCUUGAUGACGCAAAGAGAAUUUUCAGGAAGAUGCAAUCAAAAGGUGUAACUCCUAAUGCCUUUAGUUAUACUGUCUUGAUUCAAGGAUUGUAUAAAUGUAACCAAUUGGAUGAUGCCAUUGAGUUUUGUUUGGAAAUGCUUGAAGCGGGACAUUCUCCAAAUGUAACCACAUUUGUGGGCUUGGUUGAUGGGUUGUGUAAGGAGAAGGGUGUGGAAGAAGCACAGAGUGUUAUUGGAACUUUAAAACAAAAGGGAUUUCUGGUUGAUGAUAUGGCUGUCAGACAGUUUCUGGACAAGAAGGCACCUUUCUCAACUUUGGUUUGGGAAGCAAUAUUUGGGAAGAAAACCUCUCAUAAAACAUUUUAAGUCUCUUUCUUUUGCUAGGCUCAUAGUAUUUGUAAGUCUCUCUCUCCUGCCCUUUUUUUCUUGGUUUCCUGUCAUUUAUUACCCACUUAUGUGGGACAAUAUGGAAAACUGUUAGAUUUUAUCAAUGGAUGUUACCUUUUCAUUUCUAUACAACUUAUGUUUGUAUUUUGCUGCCGUUGAAUGUGUUUGUGGUAUGUUUGUCAACUACUAUCACUGCAUGUUUGAUCAAAGCAAUUAGCAACAGUGCCAAUUAUUUUGAGGAGCUUUUGGUACAAUUGCUGAUUUGUUGUGCCACAAUUCAUUGAGGGAAAAAACUAAUGUCAGAUUAAAAAAUGUUGCAGAAUGACUUGAUAAAUGAGUUAGCUUAAACUGUAAGGCGAAAAAACAAGAAAAAAAGAAGAGAAAAACAAGGAAAUCAUCAUGAUUUGUUUUAUUUUUGGCUACUUCAGUAUUUAGUACAGAACAAAUGUUGACAAAGGUGGAACCACUUUCCAGUUCCAGAAAAACAUGUGCAAUCAUACAAUAUGUCAGAUUCACUUGAAUUGAAAAUCUACAUGCUGAUUCUGCAUUUCACAUCAGUUGAUCCAGUGAUAAGAAUCACGGGAAUGACUA